GCCAACUGAGCCCUUAAUUGGCUAGCGCAAUCUAGGGGUAGAGGGUGGGGUUUCAGGAGCCAAGUACCUAGCUGAAUGCUCAGCUGUUGUGAAGGAGAAUUCUGUCACCUGCAUAUGAGUAGGCCUGGGGGAGCUGACCACCAGAUUUAAGUUUUGAAUCUGCUAUUUCCCAACGGCUGCUUGGAAAAACGAUACAUGUGGAAGGGGCCAGGAGAGAUUCUAUUUGGGAGUUUUCAAGAGCCCCUGGGGUUAGAGAUACCAAUCUUGUCCCUAAUCUUGUCUGUCCCUUGGCCAGAAGCUACUUCCUGUAGCCAGGCCUCCCCCAAACCCUCAAACCCUCUUUCUGCACUGGUCUUUUUUUUUGUUUUUGUAGAGACAGAGUCCCACUUUAUGGCCCUCGGUAGAGUGCCGUGGCAUCACACAGCUCACAGCAACCUCCAACUCCUGGGCUUGAGCAAUUCUCUUGCCUCAGCCUCCCGAGUAGCUGGGACUACAGGCGCCCGCCACAACGCCCAGCUAAUCACCCAGUUUUUGCAAUAAUGACGACAGAACGAGAGGGUGAUGGUCGCCUGGUAAUGAUAGCUACAGCCCGAUUACUAUACACUGUAAUAGACAAAAACUAAUUCAGACAAAAACUAAUGUCUGAAUUCCCCAAGGCCGAGCGGCCAACGACUUCCAGCGUUCCUCUUUGUUCUGCAAACCCUGGCAGGAGGUCUCGGGAGACUCCGGACAGAGGUGGCAGAGCGUUUUACUGGCUGGCGCUUGUAGCCGCCGCGGCCAUCUUGGAUGAGGGUACGAAGACAAAGCGACAGGGAGACGCCGAGUGGCGUCACUGUAUGCAUGACUACGUGGGAACGAAGUUUGUGAGGCCGUGCUACCGCCAUCUUUUACGAUGGCAUCUUCCAGUUUUGAUUAUGUCCCUGAAGCCACCAGCUUUUGGUUUUCAUCCACUCUAGUGGCCCACGAAAGCGGGUCCUGACACGGCCCUCCGGCCCCGCAGUCCGCGCUGCAGGGCGUUCUUGAGCAAAUCCAGGCCUGGCAAGGGGAGGUGACUGGCCCGCCGCCGGGGCUGACGGUCCUAUGGCACAGCCUCUAGCCCCGCUCCCGGCCCGGGAACCAAACGGGGCUGGGCCCGAGUGCGGGAAGCCUGGGGCCGUGAGCUUCGCCGACGUGGCCGUGUACUUCUCCCCAGAGGAAUGGGGGUGUCUGCGGCCCGCGCAGAGGGCCCUGUACCGGGACGUGAUGCGGGAGACCUACGGUCACCUGGGCGCGCUUGGAGUUGGAGGCACCAAGCCAGCGCUCAUCUCCUGGGUGGAGGAAGAGGCCGAACUGUGGGGUCCAGAUGCCCAAGAUCCUGAGGUGGCUCGGUGUGCGACAGAAGCGGACCCAGAUUCCAGAAACAAGGAAGGAAAAAGACAAAGAGAAGGGACAGAAGUGCUGGAGAAGAUCUUUCCUAUGGCUGCCCGGCCACCUGAUCUGAAGGCUCCCCAGCUGCCAUCUGAUGGGUUCCCUUAUGGUUUGAAGCAGCUAUUCAAGGCACCUGGCCGCGGUCGUCCCCCACUCUGUGCCCAUCCCCCUGUCCCACGAGCAGACAAGCGUCAUGGCUGCUACCUGUGUGGGAAGAGCUUUGCAUGGCGCUCCACACUGGUGGAGCACCUUUACACUCACACAGGCGAGAAGCCGUUCUGCUGCUCUGACUGUGGCAAGAGCUUCAGCCAGGCUUCCUCUCUCAGCAAACACAGGGCCACCCACCGAGGGGAGCGGCCCCACCGCUGCCCUGACUGUGGCCGGGCCUUCACCCAGCGCUCUGCCCUCACCACCCACCUGCGGGUCCACACAGGCGAGAAGCCCUACUGCUGUGUUGACUGCGGCCGCUGCUUCAGCCAGAGCUCUGCCCUCUACCAGCACCAGCGGGUUCACAGUGGCGAGACCCCUUUCCCCUGUUCAGACUGUGGUCGCGCCUUUGCCCAUGCUUCAGACCUUCGGCGCCAUGUGCGCACCCACACAGGGGAGAAGCCCUACCCAUGCCCAGACUGUGGGCGCUGCUUCCGCCAGAGCUCUGAGAUGGCAGCUCACAGGCGCACUCACAGUGGCGAGCGUCCCUACCCCUGUCCUCAAUGUGGCAGGUGUUUUGGCCAGAAGUCAGCCAUGGCCAAGCACCAGUGGGUCCAUCGGCCUGGGGCUUUAGGGCGUAGGGGCCGGGGUGCUAGUGGGCUCUCUGUGCCCUUGGCUCCUGGUCGAGGGGACCUGGACCCACCUGUUGGCUUCCAACUGUACCCAGAGAUAUUCCAGGAGUGUGGGUGAUGGCCUCAA